CAGUUUCCUGAAUAUAUACAGACAGAUAUAAUCACACAGGUAUUGCAAUUGAUCAUGUCAAUGAGUGCCAAAUCCUUAUAUAGUAUUGCGGUUUUAGUUGAUGAAAUGAAAAGCCAAGACGUCCGGGUUAGAUUGAAUUUCAUGGGAGGCCUGUCUACUAUUGCCAAGGCACUUGGUGCAGAGAGAACUCGGAGCGAGCUGAUUCCAUUUCUGUCUGAGAAUAUUGAUCAUGAUGAUGAAGAAGUUCUUCUUGCUAUGAUUAAACAGUUGGGAAUGUUUCUUCCGUAUGUAGGAGGAGUUGAACAUGCUAGUGUGUUACUUCCACUCUUGGAAAAUCUCUGUACUACUGAAGAGACUUGCAUUAGAGACAAGGCAGUUGAGUUAUUGUGCAACAUAGGGUGUCAGAUGAGUGAACCAGACUUUAUUGAAUCGUUUAUUCCAAUGUUAAAGAGACUUACUGCUGGGGUGUGGAUUAGUGAUCGAAUUUCAUCAUGCGGAUUAUUUCACAUUGCCUAUCCACGUGUCCCAGAGCAUUUAAGAAAUGAACUUAGAACUAUGUAUAGAGAACUUUGCCGUGAUGACAUGCCUAAUGUGAGGAAAGCAGCUGCAGCGAAUAUUGGGAAGUUUAUUGCGACUAUUGAGCAACCCCAUGUGAAGAAUGACAUCAUGUUAAUGUUCAAGGAUCUGGCCAAGGAUGAUCAAGAUUAUGUUCGUUUGUUUGCUGUCAAGAGCUGCAUAGAUUUAUGGAAGCAAUUGGAGCCACCAAUUUGUGUACCAGAGCUUGUCCCUAUAAUAGUUAAAUUUACACAGGAUAAAUAUUGGCGAGUUCGUUGCAUGGUUGCAAAUCAACUUCUUGAACUAUGUCACACAGUUGGACCAGAUGCUACCAGGACGGACAUGGUCCGUGCAUAUGUUCGUCUAGCUCGUGAUAAGGAGGUUGAAGUUCGCACAACUGUAGCUUGUAAGGUCACCACAUUUUGCCAGAUAUUGACCCCGGAGAUUACAGUCCAGCAUAUCCUUCCUUGUGUCAAGGCACUAUCAUCAGAUUCAUCCCGGUUUGUUCGUACUGCUCUGUCUUUAGAUAUUGUAGGACUGGCUCCUAUUUUAGAAAAGGAUGCAACCAUUGAGCACCUUCUCCCAACACUCCAGUCUCUUCUGAAGGACAGUUUCUCGGAAGUUCGUUGGAACAUUGUCAGUAAGCUUGACCAAAUGAAUCAGGUGAUUGGAAUUGAUGUGCUCUCCCAAACACUCUUGUCGGUUAUUGUUGAACUUACAGCAGUUAGACACAGCUGGAGAAUUCGUCAUGUAAUGAUACAGUUCAUCCCUAUAAUGGCGAGUGAGCUGGGUGUUGGAUUUUACAAUGACGUACUUGUUUCUCUUUGCCUUCAAUGGUUAAAAGAUAAGAUUUGCGUGGUUCGAGAGGGGGCAGUACAGAAUCUUAAGAGACUAGCAGAGAUAUUUGGUCGAGAAUGGACAUCAGAGCAUAUCAUUCCACAGGUCUUGAACAUGAUUAAUGACAAAUAUUCUCUUUAUCGGAACAACAUUCUAGAUGCACUUCUAAAUCUUGCCCCUGUAAUGGGCUCAGAGAUUACUUGUUCCCAAAUUUUGCCAGUUAUACUUGCUGCAUCAAAAGACAGCGUACCGAAUGUAAGGUUCCAUGUGGCAAAGGUGUUGAAGUCUCUUGCUUCUGUAGUUGAUCAAUCUGCUGUGGAGAAAUCAAUUCGGCCAUGUUUAAAUGAACUCAAAGAGGACAAGGAUCCUGAAGUUGAGUAUUUUGCCAAGGAAUCUCUUCAGGCAAUCGAUCAAGUGAUAGGUCAAAACAAGAUUUCUCCUUGUUCAUAGCGAAACAUAAAGGCGAAUGAAGACGCAACAGACUUUUAUCGUCUAAAUCCAGAUAUCAGAUUUGGCAUUCCCCAGCCAGGCAUUAGAUGUAUUGAUAAAAGACUGGGAGAUGUAUAAAGAGUAGCAUUUCUAUUCGAGUUCAUUUUACCAUGCCUCUAAAAGGCUAGACAUUAGAGAUCUCUUCGACCAUGUACUAUUGUAUAUCCUGGCAAGCAACAUUUUCUGGUUGCCUAUGUUUUGGUGGCUCCUGACUUGUUGGCUACUUGCUAUUGGGACUUUCAAAUGUGUAAAUCAUUUGUGCA